GUAAGUGAAUUUUUAGAAGAUGACUUUUGGUAUUGAUUUAAACCUGGUGACAGAAAUAAAUUGCCAAUGAUAAACAAUGUCCUCGAAAGGAAAAUGUCCUCAGCCGAGAUUGCCUUAAAAGAUGUUCAACAGACGAUGAUUGUGUGAGCAAAAAGAAAAAAUGUCUAUGCGACGGUGUCUGUGGAAUGAGUUGCAUUAACAAAAACUCUAAAAGCCAUACACGAUGUAGAGGAGAUGACUUAAAAAUAUUAAAUGGUAAUGUGGAUAUAGUUCCCUAUAACAGAUUUGGAGCCAUGGCAAAAUACACCUGUGAAAAAGGCUACGUACUCUAUGGCAAUGCAACCCGGAUUUGCCAAGGAGAUGAAAAAUGGAGCGGAGAGAUACCUCGAUGUGUCAUGAAGGAUCCAGAUGUUGACAAGAACGAGUGUCGAGAUCCUCCGAAAGUGCAUAAUGCUGUACAUGAUGGGCCUGAGACCCAGAAGAAAUACUCUGUUGGUCACAUGCUUGAGUAUCGAUGUAAAGAAGGUUUCAUGGCUAGAAAAGAAAGUGUGCUCCGAGCAUGGUGUAUCGGAGGUGAAUUGUGGGUUGGUCCUAAUAUGACAUGUACUCAUGCCGGGUGCCCACUGCUUCCCCAAAUUGACAAUGGUCAUGUGGAUAUUUUACAACCCAAUAUAAUUGGGACCUCGGCGAAAUAUACUUGUUCAACUGGCUUCUUUCUUGCUGGGCGAGCAAUACGAAAAUGCACAUCAGAAGGCGCUUGGGAUGGGAGAGAGCCUAGCUGUGAGAAAGUUCUAUGUAAUAGACCCCCAGAUAUUCCAAAUGCUUAUCACAAUGCACCCAAAGGGCAAGACAGCUUUCCUGCUGGUACUGUACUGACAUAUAAAUGUGAAGCGCGAUUCAGGGCUGAUGGGCAAGAGCGUGCAAUGUGCAGGGAAGAUGGUACAUGGAGUGGACCGACUAUGUUUUGUAAAGUUAAAAACAGAAAUAAAGAUUCAUUUAAAAAUUGCGGAUUCCCCGGAGAACUGGUGAAUGGUAGACGUGAGGGUAACAGGUUUAGGUUUCCAGGCAAGGUGACCUACCAUUGCAAUGAAGGGUACGAGCUACAUGGUCAGCCAGUAAGAGAAUGCCAGGCCGAUGGUGUUUGGUCGGGAUCGUUACCAGUUUGUAAACCAAUAAGAUGCCCAGAAUUACAUGCACCGCUGAAUGGCUACGUGACAGGCUCUGGGAACACAUACAACACAGUGUUAAAAUUCCACUGUUCCACCGGUUUCAAUAUUGUCGGAUCCUCAGAGCGGCGAUGUAUGUCAAAUCAUCAGUGGAGUGGACAACCAACUCGUUGCGAAGGCCAACCUGGAGGUAGGAGACCCUCAGAUGGUAAUAAAUCUAUCACUCCUACUAAAAAGCCCAAAAAAGAUUCGAGCCGUAAAGGUAAAAAACGUACUAAGGCUAACAAUGGUACUAAAAGUAUCAAAAAUACUAAAGACUCAGAAACUAACUGCGGUUUACCAGGUCCUUUGAGGAAUGGCUAUUUAGAUGGACAUCGUACAACUGUAGGAGCUGUAUUUUUCUUCAGAUGCAAUGUGAGGACAACUUUCGACGGCCCAUCUUUCUCCACUCAGUGUCAGGAGAAUGGAUCGUGGUCACAUCCCCCUCCAAAAUGCUGGGGUCAGUGCCAGGUACCUUCAAUUCUCAAUGGAAGUGUGACGCAUGGUCGUGAAGGUGCAUGGGUAGACCAUGAAACAUUUAUCAACUUUCGCUGCAGGGAAGGCCUCGUACUUAAUGACACCUCACAUGUCAAGUGUGACAAUGGAACAUGGAGUUUAACCCCUAGAUGUAUUCCUGGAAGUGAACUACCUGUCACCAAAGAGCCUAUUUUUAUCGCAGGCCAUAUACCUUAUUUUGCUCCAUGCUCUGCGUCUCCACCAAAUAUUGAUAAUGGUCGGCGAGUUUACAUCGGGUGGAAACAUGGAGAUCGAGCAAAAUAUAUGUGUCUUCAAGGUUUCCGUCUUCGUGGAGACAAAUACAUGACAUGCCAAUAUGGGCGGUGGAAAGGUUCUAGACCGUACUGUGAAGAAAUAUUCUGUCCUAAUCCAGGAUCAUUGACAAAUGGUAAAAUAUUUAAAAAAGGACAUUUAGGAAAUUUUGUGUUUAAACCAUAUAUUGUUACUAUACGACACGGUGACCGGUUAAUGUAUGAAUGUGAACGUGGCUAUGAAUUACUUGGUCCAACUGGUGCCACCUGCGUUGAUGGCCAAUGGAGCCCUGAAGAUAGGCCCUUAUGCAAACAAAGCUCCCAUCCAGCUUUGCAAAAGCUAUGGAAGCCCAUCGAAGAGGGUCCUUUGAAUUAUUAAGCCAGAUCUGGAUUGGAAAUUAUCACAGAGAGAUGCCACAUAUUAUGGAAUGGAAACAGGAAAAAUUAUUUAAAACAAAAAUCCAUGCUUAGAAUGGUGUAGAAACUAAACACAUGUAGAUAAAGAAAUGUACCUUCACAUACCAUGUCUACCAAGAAGGAGUUAGAAAAGCUGCUCACACAAAACAUCAUUGAAGGUUUGUUGUGAGCAAUGUUUUGGGCCUGGCAAAAAGAUUAAGUCACAUAAUCAUAUUACUAAUAUUCUUUGUCUUAAUCAUAUUCUGAACAGUUUUGCAAUGGCUGCUUUGUUAUGAUACAAAGUUGAACAAGGAAUUGAAGAUUAUUUUGCGGUUAUAAUUGAAAUAAAAAAAAAAAUAUGAGAGUAGACAUUACACUCUAAAGUUGGUUUAACAGAUAAAAAUGAAAAAAAUUAAAAACAAGAAAAUUCUCUAAAGAAAGACUGGGAUGAGAGUUUCUCAAAAAAAAAAAAAAAAAACUAGAAAUGGUCUCUAAGAUAAAAGUGGCUGAAUUUGGUAUAGAUUUUUUUUUUUUAAUGGAUUGAAGUUUAUUUUAUCCAAAAUAUAUAUGUGACAAGAAUGUUGUAGAAUGAAGUUAACUAUGGAAUAUUCAAAAGAAUAUAUUGACAGAAAUAAAAUGGGUUCUUCCAGAAACGAUCCUGUGAAGAAGAGCACAACGAAGAUGAACCAAUUUUUUUAUUAAAAAGAUUUACAUAGAGAAAGUCAAGCAAAAGAAAUGAAACAAAAAUUAUACAAGAACGCUUGCAUGAUUCGAUAUUUGUACGAAAUCAAUAUUUCCUGGUUAAAAGAUUUCCAAAGAACUACAAAACAUACUGUAUUCUUGUGGAUGAGAUGAAAAUCAUUGAUGUUCUUCUAAAAAAAGAAUAAGGAUUAUGUCAAGGGUGAAUAGAACCUAACCACAUGUCUUUGGCAUCGAAUGGUUUGUUCUUUGGUAGAAUAUACCAGCUCCGUGAAAAUUUGGGACUUCAGAAAUGUUGAGAAAAUCAUCUGAAACUGAAACCCACACCCAAACGUUAGAGCUUGCCAAAAUGAAAAGAGAAUAUGGACAAAUACGGAAAAAAAAA